AUGGCCCCGGCCGUUCCCCUCUGCCGGGCAGGGCUGCUCCGGCCCCGGCCCUGGGCGGCCCGGCGCGGUCUCGCCCUCGCCCGGCUCCCGGCGCGCCGGCUGUGGCGCUGCUGGGCGCUCCUGUGGGGCUGGCUGUGGGACGGGCUCGGCCUCGCCGCCCCUUGGCUCCGCCUGGCUCGAGCCCGGCGCCUGCCGGGGCCGGCGGGGGACGCGGGCGCCGCGGCCGCUGCCGCCUCCUCGGCGGCUUCCCUGGCCAGAGCUCCACCGCUCGCCAGCCCGGCCGCCGUCAGCGAGCCGCCGCUGCCCGCUGCGGCUGGGGAAGCCCGGCCCGGGCCGCUUGAGGGGCGCUCGGGGGCCGUGCCGGGCCCCGGCCCGAACGCUCACGGCCACGUCUCGCCCGCACGGAAGGCCAAGGAGCCGCUGCACGAGCGCUACCGGGUGGAUUCGCUGCUGGGCAGCGGCGGCUUCGGCCGCGUCUACGCGGGGACCUGCCUGGCGGACGGAGCCCCGGUGGCCAUCAAAGCCGUGUCCCGGGAUGGCAUCCGGUGGUGGGGCGAGCUGCCUGAUGGCACCCAGGCACCCCUGGAGAUCGUGCUGCUGGACAAGGUGUCCAAUGGCUUUCCUGGUGUCAUCCAGCUCCUGGAGUGGUUUGAGCUCCCCAACGGAUUCUUGUUGGUGAUGGAGCAUCCGGAGCCAUCUCAGGACCUCUCACGCUUAAUCACGGCGUGGGGGUUCCUGCCGGAGGAGAUGGUGUGGGGUCUGUUCUGCCAGGUGCUGAAGGCCGCGCGGCACUGCACCAGCUGCGGCGUCCUGCACCGGGACAUCAAGCCCCAGAACAUCCUCCUCCACAUGGCCACCGGCGAGGCCAAGCUCCUUGACUUUGGAUGUGGCACCUUCCUUCAGGACGUGGUCUACACCCAGUUUGCAGGAACACUGUCAUACAGCCCGCCAGAGUGGAUCUACCUCAAACGAUACCACGGCGAGGCGGCAACGAUCUGGUCCCUGGGCAUCCUGCUCUACCAGAUGGUCUGCGGGAAGCACCCAUUCUGCAAAGGCACCGACACCAUCUGGGACCAGCUCCCGUUCCCACCCUCUCAAGGCUGCCAGCACCUUAUCAGGUGGUGUUUGUCCAUCCGCCCCUCGGACAGGCCAUCAUUGGAAGACCUUUUGUGCCAUCCUUGGGUGCAGGGCAUUCACCUGCCCUAGAAGACUGGAGAGAUCCACGUGCUCACUUUGAUCCAGGAGCCUGGCAAACAGCUGGGGCCCUCGGCAGAAUGCUGACAGCCUGGUCUGGCCCCCAGGGAAGGAGAAGGGGCCUCUGGAGAAGCUGUGCCGGGUGGGCCUGCUGCUGGAGACAUCGAAGACGACGUCAAGGAUGACAAGCUCUUAGCUGAGCUGGACACUGGGGAGCUGAAGAAGAUGGACUUUGAUUGUGGCCCCUUCCUCCAAGACGUGCUCCACACACCGUUUGCAGAUGAGUCCAUACCCAGGGGGUGCUCCCGGACGCGGGCAUUGCUCAGCCUGGCUGGGCACCGAAGGUUCCCCCCUUUGCUGGCGGGGAACCUGAGGAAUUCUUCAGCCGGCUCCAAGCUGCUUCUUGGCAGGAGGGUGGGUGGGUGCUCUGGGCUGGGUGUGAAAUGGGAGCCCGGCUCUGCCACCAGCCUCCGCCACUGCCCCUUUGCUGGGCGGGGCUGGGGCAGGGGCAGCCAGCCUGCCAAAAACAAACCCCUGUGGGGGGAGCAAAGGCGGGGCUGCAGAACACCAGCUGCUUUGCUCUGCAGGCCAGGAAAGGCUUGGGCUGCCUUGGCUUAGGAGCCUUUCUUUGGGCCAAUGCAGCAGGGCAGGGAGAAGGCCUGGGUUUUCCUGAGCUGGAGGAGGUGGGGUUUUUCUUUGGCGUGGAGGGGUUGGGCCUUCCUCAGAACCCUGACAGAAUGUUAACAUUUUACUUUUUUGUCUUGUUUCCACUUUUGGUUUGUAAUCUCUUGUCAUGAAUUUGUUGUUUGUUUUCAAGGGAAGAGUUGGAGCUGGUGCCUGGUCUGUAUUGGGAAGGGCUGGGACCAUCCAUGGAGUGGAUCUGAUGUCCCCUCUGAGAAGGCUGAGGACAUCCUUUGGGACACACUCUUCUUCCGGCAGCAGAUCUUGUGAGACAGGACACCUCUGCCUGAUCUCCCGUGGAUCCGAGGGAUCUCUGGAUCUUCACGCCAGCACCAGGACUUUGCUGCAGAAGAGCACAGAUCCCCAGCCCAGUCUGGGACACAGAACCCUGUGAAAUGGCAGAAAGAUUGUGGUGUGAAUGCAGCGCCCUCAGAGCCCUUGGUGUGAGCCCAGAAAGGAAAAUCAAGCUGAGGGACAAGAUCAGUCUAAUUUCGGGACAUUGUUGGAGGUUG